AUGAUCAUUUGCUUUGAAAUUGAGCAUCACAAGAAGGAUGGAACAUACAAGAGUUCUCUAAAGUGGGCUUAUGGAGAGGGGGAAGAUUUUAUUGAUCAAGAGAUUGAGAGUCCAGAUGGUGAUGAAGUAGUUGGUGACAGGUCAUAUGAAGGCCUGCAUCAUUUGGUGGAACUGGAUCUUGAGGCAGAGGAUUUCUGCUUCCUUGUCAAGCACCAAGGAAUGUGCUUGGUGGACCUGAAUAUCUGUCUCAUAAAGCCAAAUCUGGGUAUCUUUGGCCUCUUGCAGGCACUGAUAGCUGACCGUGGCUUGGGAGACUUUAUGCUCCUGGGUAGUGCGAAGCCAGUCAUAUUUCUUUAUGUCACAAUUGUGCUCAGCAGGUUCAUUUCAGAUCCCACUGACAACCUCAAGGCUCUUCUCAUGCAAAAUUUCCAUUCAUCUCUGGAUGUAUCUUCUAUACCAGAGGUCUUAACCCCUGAAGAGAGAAGGCCACUGCUCAAAGUCAUGUCCUGGGAUCUUUUCAUGGUGGAUGUCUGUCGCCAUCCAAAGGAAGUUAAAGCAGUGGAAACACUGAAGGGGAAGCACCAUCAUGAGGAGCAUCUCGGUCUUUUCAAGGCUGUAAGCAUGCUGGUGGCAAACCACUUUCAUGUUGCUGGUACCAUCCUUGAUGGCAAUCCAAACAAAUUGCUUAUAGUGAAAAUACUGUUGGAUGGUAGCAAUGUCACUUGCCAAAAACAGUGGCAUCCAAUUUCCAAGGACAACCAUGCAUAUCCUGACAUGAUUGUCCAGCUCAUCCAAGCCAUUAUCCGGCUUCACUCUGGACAGGGUGUUGAGUCAAUGUUCUCAUUCGACCUUGAUAUUAACCAAACCAAGUUCUUGGACACUUUCAUUGAUGGCAUGAUGUCCUCUGACAUGAGCAUCAAUAAGGAGAACAUCAAACAUUUCCAUGAGUUGAUAUGGAACUUCUAUGAGGCAGGCGACCUUUCACCAGAUCUUGCCAAAUUAGAAUAUUUUGUGAAUAGUACUGCGCUUGUUCAUGCAUUGUGGUAUCAGAAGGAUGGUGAUCUGGGCGAAAUUGAGCAUGUCCUUGUGGUUCAUAAUGAGGUCUUGGCUUUUUCUUUGUCCUUGGCCUUAAACAAGCAAAGGGAGCCAAAGGUCUUCUUUGACCCAGGAUUCCAGUGGCUUUCUGUUGGAGCAGAGAGGAUGUGUCUCACUGCAUUUCACCAGGGUAUCCAAAUGCUCCUUCAACAGGUGAAGGACUGGUAUCUCCUGCUUACAAAUGGACACACCGUAUUCGAUGGCAUGCCAAACAAUCUGAAUGACGACAUGACCAACACCAUCAGGGGACAUUCCUUUGUGAAGGACAAGCAGUUUGACUCUAUCAAACUGGAUUUUCUCUGCAGUUUGGUUCAGGAUCAUAACCUGGCCAUGUUUCUUGAACAUCACACCUCCAACAGCAAUUGCCAUUGCAACAUCUUCAUUCAGGGCCAGGAGAUGAUUCCAUUGUCUGGGUACAGCAAAACCACUCAGAUUGUGAAUAAAGAUUCAUGUACCCCUGCAUUCAUCAACCCUAAAGUUGGACAGUUCUUGUUUGAAUUCCUUGCAGGUAUCUGGUCAUGGAUAAUGGGAGUAGAAUCAGACCUGACCAAUGAUACUCAGGAUUUAAGCAGAGGAACCACAAGGUUUUUGGCUGCAGAUAGGGUGUAUCUCCUAGCAGAGGGUGCAGACCACUCCACAGACAUUGACAAGGAGCACUACGGCCUUGUGUAUGGCUCAAUACCUGAACUUACCAACAAUACCAUGUCAAAGCAUUGUUGGCUGAAUGAGGAAUGGCAGGCCUUCUGUGGCCUUGGACCCUUCCCACCUCAGACACCAAUUAGACAGACAAGGACAAGGAGUACACAUACACCAGGUGCAUACAGCAGUGGAGCAUAUUCUGCUGACCUUGCAGGGAUGUCUGAGGCAAUGUCAACAGUUGCCACCAGUAUAGUGACCAAGUUCCUUCAGGAAAAUCUGCCACACCUCCUAAAGGAUCUUGUCACCACAAACAUCCUGCCACCCAUUCUGGAUGCACUGCAGCAGGAUGCUGCUAGGUUCAUAGUACCUCAGAACCACACUGUUAAUUCUCACAAAUUAUCAUCUGGGAUGACCCCUGCUAGAACACUGGGAGAUGUCCAUGUAUGGUCCAGAGCCAGAGACAUAUUCCAAAGCAGCCAAUCUGGCAGAGACACAGACAAAGGGUUGCAUGCCCCUCACAGUCCUCCAUUUCCACCUUCACUCCUACUCCAGCUCAUCGCAAAUGAAGCCAAGCCCAAGAAUCUCCAAGUUUAUUAG